AUGGACUCAUCUACACCCCUGAAGGAUUUGUCAACACCAUUAAAGGAUUCACCAGCGUCUUCGAAGACUUCGCCAACACCUUCAAAGGACACCCUAGAGAACAGUCUCAAAGUAGCUCACUCAACCCCAAGGAAGCCAAACCAGCAAGCAUUACUCGAAAAGGUCGAGGUCGCCGACCUCGACGCUCCCACUCAUCUACCGAGGCUAAGGCAUCUGCCUUCCGAACCUUCACAGCCGCCAAAAGUAUUAGGAAAGGGUAUAGCCGGUACAGUAUCCAAGGCUACAUACAAAGGGAUGUCUUGCGUUGCCAAAUCCUUUAUGUGGACUUCUCCCUACUUUGUCGCCGAGCAACAUGCCUAUCGGAUUUUACAAGGUUGCAAGGAUCUGACUGGUCGUGUACCAGCCUACUACGGCAGCGACAAUGUUAGGACUAUAUACGUUGAGUUUGUAUACGGAAGGACGCUAAAAGACGCUUCUUCUUCCUUGUCAGCAGAGUUGUUGCGACAGUGCAAGGAGGCAAUGGAGCGGACGAUCAAGAUUCUUCACGAUUCCAACAUCGCACAUGGCGACAUCCAUGAUGGCAACAUCAUGCUCCGAGACGGCAUCGAAAAGUGUGAUGCGGAACUUAUAGACAAGUAUGUUGUCCUCAUCGAUUUCAGCCACGCUGGAUUCAAGCCGGAAUAUGGGGAAUCAGGGGGGCCUGAGAGAGAUUUGUAUGAUCUUUCCAACAUCUUCUCUUUCGCUAUCAAGAGCGCAAAUACCAGGGCUGUGUCAGAGUUCUUCCACCGACAUCGUGCCCACGGGCUUUCCCAGGAAGAACUGGCACGGAUUGUUAAGGACUGCCUUGUCAAUCAACACAUCCAAGAGGAAAUACUCAGCCUCCCUCACCUUCAACCAGUAUUGGCUCUCGCGCUUGCCCACGCGUGGAUUGAGGGUGGUUGGAAUAAGAAUGGCCUUGAUGCUCUUGAACGAUACGAAAGGCUUACCGCAAAGUCAACUACCACAGAACAUGACCGGCGCUCACUGCUGCUCAUUCAAUCUGCGAAGGCUCGUUGCUCUCCCCUGACCGAUCGGCUUUCCACACUGCCUGAUAUCAUCCAUCAGUUUUCGUCCGAACUAGGGCCUAUAGAUACCUGUACAGUGCGAUUAAGGUAUUCCUAUGCUUGCUGUUUGCGGCUUAUGGGGAAGAUAGACGCAGCUGCAUCGGUCUUUGGUUCUUUGCACCAACUCCUCCUUCCCGUUAGAGUCGCCAAUGGCGGCGGAUCCACCCUGGAAAGCCAUGUCUUCUAUGAAGCGCUCAACCCUGACUACUGGAUUCAUUUAAUUAAGUCUGAGUUGAAGAGGUUACAGCGUUCGAAGCGUAUCUGA